AUGACCCGAGGAGAUUUAAGUCACCACCGGCAGUCUGUCCACGCCGUUGCAAGUCAUAAUGGCAGAGUGAAGAUGGGGGACUGGAACUUCCUCGGGGGGAUUUUGGAGGAGGUGCACAUCCAUUCCACCAUGGUGGGCAAGAUCUGGCUCACCAUCCUGUUCAUCUUCCGCAUGCUGGUCCUCGGCGUGGCGGCCGAGGAUGUGUGGAACGACGAGCAGGCUGACUUCAUAUGCAACACUGAGCAGCCCGGAUGCAGGAACGUGUGCUACGACCACGCUUUCCCCAUCUCCCUCAUCCGCUACUGGGUGCUGCAGGUCAUCUUUGUGUCUUCCCCCUCGCUGGUUUACAUGGGCCACGCUCUCUACAGGCUGCGGGCGCUGGAGAAGGCCCGGCAGAAGAAGAAAGCUCUGCUGCGGAAGGAGCUGGAGAUGGUGGACGUGGAGUUGGCAGAAGCCAGGAAGAGGAUCGAGCGGGAAAUGAAACAGCUCGAUCAUGGGAAGCUGAACAAAGCUCCCCUGAGGGGCUCUCUGCUGCGUACCUACGUGGCUCACAUCGUCACUCGCUCCGUCGUUGAGGUGGCCUUCAUGACGGGCCAGUACUUCCUUUAUGGCUUUCACCUCUACCCGCUCUUCAAGUGUGAGCGGGAACCUUGUCCCAACGCUGUGGACUGUUAUGUUUCCAGACCGACGGAGAAAAGUGUCUUCAUGGUGUUCAUGCAGUGCAUCGCUGCGAUAUCCGUCUUCCUGAACAUCUUGGAGAUCACGCACCUGAGUUACAAGAGGAUCAAAAAGGGCAUCUUGGACUUCUACCCUCACGAGAGGGACGAGAAAGAUGAACUGGACGACUACUAUGCCAACAAGUAUAAAAAGGAAUCUGUGGUGCAAAUUUGCUCCAGUGUGGCCCGAAGGUCAACAAUUGCCUCUGCACCCUGUGACUACAACCUCUUGAUGGAGAGGGUGCAGGGCCCAAUAAUGUACCCGAACCUUAUCAAACCUUCAACUUCUCAACCUCCUCAGAGCCAGCUGACCACUCAGCACAAUUUGGAUGAUUGCAGAUGUUUGGCUCUGAGCCCUCAACGUUGUAACUGCGCCUUGACUACCAACAAACCCUGCUCUCAGUGCUCGGACUCUCUGAUUCAUCCAAAACAGGAGGCUGAAGACUUUUUGCACCUUUUCCCACACAGUAAAGAGGAUGGUGGCAGUGAAAAGGGGAGUCCGGACUCUCCGAGAUGCACACAGAAGGCAGCUGACGCUUCCUCCGUCGCCACGCUGCCGGUAGGUGCAUCGAGGAAGUCGUUGGGGGCUCCUGGCUCUUUCAGGUGCUCCACAGUGUCGGAGGGUAAAAGCUCCGACACUGAUUCACAUGGGGGUCCAAAAGCCAGCCGUGGACAUCCCCCCUCUCGAACAAACUCAAAAUCAGAUAGCAAACAUCAGAGCCGGCCCUCCUCACCGGAGUCACUGGAUGACUCCAGCUCAGGAUCCAGGCACAACGCCAGACCCUCUUCAUCCAACUGCAAAACAUCAAUGGCAAGUAAUGCAAGCAGCAGACGAGCGGCGGACCUGCAAAUCUAA